GUCGUGCUCGUUAUUUGCGGGUAAAUACCAAGCAACCAAUCAACAAAACAGAUAAAGUAAUAACAUUUUUUCGCAAGAACCGAAAUUUAUCCAAGUGUAGCAUUUGAUAUAAAUUUCAAAUGCAAAUCAAGUGAAACUUCUAGUAAAUCCAAAAAUUGUGUGCAUAUUUUAGUGGAAUUGUGAAAUUGUUGGCUGCGGCACAACCAAAAAAAAAAAAAAAAAGAAUCAAAUAACAAAUUGUGAAAUCGUGGCAAAACAAUUCAACAAGAAGUGCAAAUUACAAGCAGACGAAGCGGCAGAAAAAAAUACUAAUCAAAGAAAUACAGUUGAUAUAAAUUGACGUUGGUCAGUUGCCUAAGCGUUUGAUUGCACAACCAACAAAAACAACAACAACUACAGCAGCAGCAGCAACAACAACAACAACAAUAGCGCCAGCAAUUCUGAAUCGGGCAUUAAAACGUGUGUGAAAAAAACAUCAGCACGCGGUCACACAGACAAACGCAACUCAUUACACAGACACCGUCAGUGUACAUGUGCAUGUAAGAGAAGGAGAGAAAGAGAGAUAGCCAGUAAGAGCGACGCUAGCAGCACCAACAACAAACAGGUCACUUUUGUUUUGCGCCUUAAGCCAGCCGCGACAGCAACAGAGAAAAAAGCCGCAGCAGCAGAGCAUCGCGUCUUCAGCUUCUUAAUAUUGUGAGAGCAACAGCUGAGCGUAGCCCAACUCCGCUUAGAGCAAACAAUCUACGAGAGAACGAGAAAGAACUUACGUUUGUUGUUCUUUUUCCUACGAAUAUUCAUUCGUCUUUUACUGCAUUUUGCCGAAUUCUCUUCUAAGCACACACAAUGGGUCUGUUGAGCGAGGGCAAUCCACUCUCCUGGGAGGAGACCAAGAAGCUGGCCGAUCAUGUGCGCGAACAUGGCAUCAAUCAGUUUGUCAAUCUGUAUCACAGACUCAAGGAUCGCCAGGGCGAUAUACUCAAAUGGGGCGAUGAGGUCGAGUACAUCAUCGUCAAGUUCGAUGACGAAAAGAAGGUGGCACGUGUCGCACUCAAGGCCCAAGAUCUGCUCCACAAACUCAACGAAAAGGAACACGCCGAUCCCAAGGGUGUCAAGUCCCUGUGGCGUCCCGAAUACGGUGCUUACAUGAUCGAGGGCACACCCGGAAAACCCUUUGGCGGCCUGAUGGCCCAUUUCAAUUUGGUCGAGGCGAAUAUGCGUUAUCGUCGCGAAGAAGUCACCGAGCUGCUGGCCAGCGAUGAGUGCGUCAUGUCGAUCACAAACUUUCCGCGCCUGGGUGCGCCCAACUUUACGUAUCCGCUGCAUCAGCCACGUCCCGAGGAUCCGUUGAGCUCGGCGCGUUCGCUCUACUUUCCCGAUGAGGCUAUUUUCCCCGGACAUCCGCGCUUCAAGACGCUGACGCGCAACAUACGCAAGCGACGCGGCGAGAAGGUCUCCAUCAAGCUGAAGGUCUUCAAGGAUGUCAACACCAAGCUACCCGUUGAGGGCGCUCCACCAGGCGAACCCGAUGUUGUGCUGCUCGAUGCCAUGGGCUUUGGCAUGGGCUGUUGCUGCCUGCAGCUGACAUUCCAGGCCUGCAACAUUACGGAGGCACGUCGCCUGUACGAUCAACUGGCGCCGCUUUGCCCCAUCAUGCUCGCCUUGACCGCUGCGUCGCCCGUUUACCGUGGCUAUCUAACCGAAUCGGAUUGCCGCUGGAAUGUGAUUAGCUCCUCGGUGGAUUGCCGUACGCCCGAGGAACGCGGUCUUGAGCCACUGAAGGAUAGCAAAUUUCGUAUUGCCAAGUCGCGUUACGAUUCCAUCGAUUCGUAUUUGUCACCCGAGGGUGCCAAAUACAAUGAUGUGAAGCUCACGUACGACGAUGAUGUCUACAAUCGUCUCAUCGAUGGCGGCAUCGAUCAUCUGUUGGCCCAGCAUGUGGCGCAUUUGUUCAUCCGCGAUACCGUCUCGCUGUUCAGCGAGAAGGUCCAUCAGAAUGACAACGAGGACACCGAUCACUUUGAGAACAUUCAAUCGACCAACUGGCAAACGAUGCGCUUCAAGCCGCCGCCACCAAACAGCUCGAUUGGCUGGCGUGUCGAGUUCCGUCCGUGCGAAGCACAGAUCAGUGACUUUGAGAAUGCUGCGAUCGUGUGCUUUGUCGUCCUGCUGACCCGUGUCAUCCUCUCCUAUCAACUCAAUUUCCUAACGCCCAUCAGCAAGGUGGAUGAGAACAUGCAGACGGCUCAGAAGCGUGACGCUUGUCGCAAAGAGAAAUUCUGGUUCCGCAAAUCGUCCAAGUCACCGGAACAGCGUGCUGCCAAACAGAAUGGCACCGCCUCCGCUCCGACCACAAAUGGCACAGCCAAGGCAACUACCAAUGGCAGCGAGGAGGAGGAUGAGCCGAAGAAGCAGCCACAGGUGAAUGGCACCGCCAAAAUGAAUGGCCAUAGCAAUGGCAUCACCAAUGGCACCACCAAUGGCCAUGCUCACAAUGGCGGCGUCGAUAGCGAUCACACCGAUACCGAUGAUGAGGAGAACGAGCUGUUCCAGCUGCUCACCAUUAACGAAAUCUUCAAUGGCAAGCCCGGUGUAUUCCCAGGCCUGGUGCCACUCAUUCGCAGCUAUCUGCAGUCCAUGGAAGUGGACACGGACACACACUGCACCAUUGAACAGUAUCUGCGCUUCAUCCAGAAGCGUGCCGCCGGCGAACUUGUCACCACAGCCACCUGGAUACGCGAUCAGGUGCUUAACCAUCCGGACUACAAGCAAGAUUCGGUGGUUAGCGAGAGCAUCAACUAUGAUCUGUUGAAGUGCAUUCAACGCAUCCAGGAGGGCAAACACAUUGAGCCGGCGCUGCUUGGACAAGGCAACCAUUCCAAGACGAAAGAUUUCAUUCCGCAUGCGCUGCAGAAGCAGCUGGCCAAGAACGGUUGCUGCGAGGAUAAAUGAUCGCGCUGAGUUCGCAAAGGGAAAGCAAGAAAGCAAGAAAGAGCACACACAAGAAUCAACAAAGAGAAAUGAAGAAAACAAAGUAAACACAAUAGAACAACAUCAACAACAACAACAACCAACAAAAAUCCACAACAAAUUACACGCAGAACACAAAAUAUAACAUCAAACUAAAUCUCACACACACACACACAUACAAAUUUAUGCAUAUAUGUGUAUUCUGAAUAUAUGUAUCUAUAAAUAUUGUGUGUCAAGAUGUGGCUGGGCAACAAACACAAAGUUGUUGCUGCUGAUGCUGCUACCAAUAAUCGGGGCAGCAGCUCAAAUUGCAAUGGACAUGUAAGUGAUGAGCAACACAGGCAACAGGCAACACACAACAUGCAACAAAGUGGCAACUGCAAUUUGCAACUGCAGCUUGCAAAGAUGCAGCAAAAGACCAGUCGCCGAAUCGAUGGGAUAGAUGAUAGAUGGAUGAUGAUAGAAGGAUCGAAGGAUGGAAGGAUGAACGGAUUGAAGGGACGCAAAACUAGCGCACAUUUUCGGGGCCCCGGCAACAUUUUCAAUAUUACUAUUUUUAUAGCAUAAUUCUAACAAAAUUUAACCAAAAUUAGCCCAAAUGCACCUAAACAAAAAAAAAAUAACAAA